AUGGAACUUCAAACAACAUCCACUAUCGAUAUAACACCAGAGAAUUCCGGCUUGGGGUCUGAAUCCCUGGAAAUGGAUAAUGAUUCAUUAUCUAGUGCGAAGACCAGUUUUGAUGAUUUUUUGGGUGGGGUUAGGGACUCCAUCAAUACUUCAGUAAACAAGGGAGAAAAUGCUGUGCAAAGCUCACUAGACACAAUUACUUCUUCUAUAACAUCCAUUAAGAAAAGUGCUUCAGAAGCUGUUGAUAGUGCCUUGAGUAAAGUAUUCUCAACUUUCGAUCAAACCGGAGAAGUGACUGGCAAUGGAUUGACUAACUUUUCAACUGGUCUAAAGGAAGCAGCAAAAAAAGCUACUGGCACAUCUGUUGAUGUGGUAAGAGGUGCAAUUUUUGCAGUGGAGGAAUCUAUAGCAAAAGGGGCUUCUUUUGUUGUUUAUUCUUAUGGGUCUGCCAAGGAAUUGCUUCCUCCAGAGGUCAGGGGUGCACUGAAUCUGUCUGAAGAAAGGGCAACAGAAAUAUUGAGGCCAAUUGGUGCAACUUUCCAACAGGCUUACAUUGCUAUCGAGGGGCUGGAGAAAAGUCUUGGCUUGGAUCCAAACGAUCCAGUUGUGCCUUUCAUUCUUUUCCUUGGAACCUCAGCCACUUUGUGGGGUUUUUAUUGGGUGUGGGCAUAUGGUGGUUACUCGGGAGAUUUGUCCCCGCAAUUAACUUUGGAGCUCUUGGCAGGGAAGGAAGACACCAUACUCAUUGAUGUCCGGCCUGAGGCAAGAGAAGAAAGAAAUGGCAUUCCUGAUCUUCGGCGAGCUGCUCGGUUUCGCUAUGCAAGUGUAACACUACCAGAGGUUGAUGGUCCAGUAAGGAAGCUGUUAAAGGGUGGACGAGAUCUUGAUGAUACCUUAAUUGCUGCAGUCAUUCGAAACUUGAAAGCUGUACAGGACCGGUACCAGGUAAUAGUUAUGGAUGCUGAUGGUUCUCGUUCUAAAGGCAUUGCAAGAUCCUUGAGAAAGCUUGGGAGACCAUACUUGGUCCAAGGUGGCUUCCAGUCUUGGGUAAAGCAAGGUCUCCGAGUCAAGGAGCUUAAACCUGAGACCGCGCUAACCAUACUUAAUGAGUCUGCUCAGAUGAAUCCUGUGGAGUUUAUUAAUUUGACAUUUAUUUCCAAUACACAUGAAAAGAGUGAAAUUCUUUGGCUGGGUGCACUUUGGGGACCCAUGGAUACUUUCAAAAUGGAGGCUGAGGCAAUUCUAGAAGAUAUUAGACCUUCACCAGUGCAAGCACUUGGGUAUGGUGUGGGUUUUGCUGCAGCAUCGUAUGCAUUGCUAGAGUGGGAGAAGACCUUACAAUUUAUUGCCAUUCUCGGCCUUGGUCAGACCAUUUAUUGGCGUGUUGCUUCUUACAAUGGCCCUGAAGAUUUUAAGCAAGAUGUGAGGCGUUUGUUCUCCCCAGUUAGAGUUGGAGCUCAGACAUUUUCAUGGGCUGCUGGAAAAUUAGAUAACAACCGCAUCGGACUACCUACAUCACCUUCAUCUUCAGAUGUUCAAAACCGGGUGCUGCAAGCUGCUGCAAAGCACGAAUCCCAACCAUCUGAAACUGAAGCUGAGAAUCCAUCGCCUGAAUCAGCGGCUCCUUUAAAUGAGAAUGUAGAUCUUAAAGAAGCAUAG